AUGAAAAAACACAAAAAAACGCCAUGUAAAAGAAAAUAUCGACAAAGAGCUCAUUGUAAUCCUCUGUCAGAUAGUUAUAUAAAAUAUCCAAGGAAUUAUACAUAUGUUGAUUGGAGUUUACAUUUUCCAUUAUAUUUUGAGAAAAACCAAAUCAAAGAUGAAUAUAUAACAAAUAAAGAGAAUUCAAAAGAUGAACAUAUAGUAACAGAUAAUAUGAAGAACAAUGUUGAAAAUGAUAAUAUGAAUAAUGUUUUAUAUUUAAAUACAAAUAAAUAUCCAGUGAAUUAUAAAAUGAGAAAUAUAUUUAAUGAAUCAUAUGAAAAUAACAAAAAUGUUACCAUUUUAGAUAUAGGAUGUGGAUAUGGUGGUUUGUUAUUUUCUUUAAGUAAAAUAUUUAAUGAUAAAUUAAUUUUAGGUUUAGAAAUAAGAGAUAAAAUUACCAAUUAUGUAGGUGAAAAAAUUUUAUCUUAUCGGUAUAAUUAUCAUCCAUAUUAUCAAAAUAUAUCGGUAAUACGUACAAAUGUAAUAAAAUUCUUACCAAAUUAUAUAAAAAAAAAUCAAAUAGAGAAAAUCUUCUUUUGUUUUCCUGAUCCUCAUUUUAAAAGACAUAAUUGGAGAAGAAGAAUUAUUACUAUCGAAAAUUUGUCUUUAUAUUAUCAUCUUUUAAAAAAUAAUGGCUAUAUAUAUUUUAUUACAGAUGUAUAUACAUUAUAUUUAUGGGUCAUAUUCUGUUUUUCAAAAUGUCCUUAUUUUAAAGUACUUACAAAUAAAGAUUGUGAAAAUGAUAUUUGUGUUAAGUUAAUUCACGAAAGUUCAGAAGAAUCAAAAAAGGUGAAAAAAAAUAAACAAAAUAUGUAUUAUUGUGUAGCUCAAAAAAUUUAA